GACCAGCUCCAGGACGUCCAUCAGAUCCAGGGAGCGGCCAUGGCCUUCGCUGCUCUGCGCGGCGACGGGUCCGUGGUCACCUGGGGCCACCCGGACUUUGGGGGGAACUCCGACCCGGUGCAGGACCAGCUCUGGGACGUUCAAGAAGUCCAGGCCACUGCGCUGGCCUUCGCGGCGCUGCGAGGGGACGGCUCCGUGGUGACCUGGGGCUAUCCCGAUUUCGGCGGGAACAGCGACGACGUGCAAGCUGAUCUGACUUGCAUCCGCGCCAUCCAGGCGAACCGUGGCGCUUUUGCUGCCAUCCGUGAG